CAGACACUGGCGAACCGAACUGAGCGGUCGGUGAAUGACCAUCUGUACCCAGCGGCAUGUCUGACGAAGAGAUUGUGGUACGACCGGCUGUCAAAACGGACUGUGCGGAGAUUGCCAGGCUUAUUAAGGAACUGGGAGAAUAUGAAAAUCUGGGGGAUCAAGUCAAGAUGACGAAAGAAGUGUUGGAAAAGGACGGAUUUGGGGAGUAUCAAUACUUCCGUUGCUUAGUGGCUGAUAAAAACAACUAUUCGGAGUCAGAGAAAGACUGUGCAAGGAUCAUUGGCUACGCCCUGUAUUUCUUCAUCUAUUCGACGUUUGAGGGACGGUGUGUGUUUAUGGAGGACCUUUACGUGUCACCGCAAUAUCGUGCUCGUGGUAUCGGCACCAGACUGAUGAAGGGUGUCGCUAAGGUUGGAGUAGACAAGGGUUGUUCACGACUCUGUUGGAAUGUGCUAGACUGGAAUGCGCCGUCUAUAGCGUUCUAUAAACGCCUGGGUGCCGUGAACAUGACGGAAACAGAGGGAUGGCAUACACUCCGGCUUAACAAACCGGAACUGGAAAAAUUAGCAAACCGCUGACAGGAGAAGGAAUUACCCUGGUGCCACCGCAGUUGUUACACAGAUGUGUAAACGCGCAGACGUUUCGGAGCCUAUGAUUGUAUUACAAUGUCCAUUAUGCAGAGAGUUCGUUGGGUAACGCUACGUGAAAAGUUGGUUUUAACUGCUAAUUUUGCAGUUAAAGAUGUGUCUGAUCAUGUGAAUUCAAAGCCUUUAUUGAAGGAUUAAAACGGCUUUCAGCUACA